AUGUUGAAUGAAACAUUAUUGGUUAGAUUUGUUUGGUCAGAACUACCAAAUAUUGGUUUUGGUGCAGAUGCCUCUCUUACUCCUCAAACAAACCCAGUUGCUUUCUCUUUACUUAUUCCUUAUUGUUAUACUACAACAGCAUCACUUACAGGUACAAAUCAGCCAUUUAUUUAUGUGGCUUCAACAAAUUUGGAACAUUUUUACACCAAUAUUAAUAAUACAAGGAGAAUGCAAUACGAUUAUUACCCAGGUUUAAAUGAUGACUUUAAAGCAUUGCGAGGCAAAUUGAUAGAUUCAACUAUUCAAACACCAAAUAUUCACAACUAUAAUUGGUGUUGGUUGGAUAGAUUUGAUGAUGGAUCAUUUGUGUUGCAACCAAUCUUACUCAUCAAUUACUUCAAAUGGAUUGAUAUUAAUGAAAAUGAAAUUCAACAAACAAUUAUUAAAACAAUCCCAAUUGGUGGUAUCAUUCCUGGUGGUUAUGGAAGGUUGAUGGUUCAAAUGAAUUUGGAUUUUGUUCCAGAUCUUAUUACAUUAAAACUCUAUAGUUUAGAUGGAACACUUCAUAUUGGGGAUGUGUACACAAUUAGAACUUCAUUGAUUAAUAAUAAUGUCAUUGUGGAACCAAUCAAACUACGACAACCACCAAAAAAUGUCAAAGGAUCAGAAUUAUUUAAUCAAGUAAAUGCAAAAAUAUUGGCAAAUGUAUCGGAAGCAUUUAUUAAAAGUUUACAAGUAAAACCAAAUGAAAAUAGUAGAUCAUUGAUAUUGACCAAUAAUUCUGUGGUAGAGAAAUCAUCAAAAAAAGAAGUGGCACCAGAUUAUUUAAUUAUUUUUGAUGAUUUAUCCAAUGAAUUAAAAGAUCCAAGUAUUACCAAACUCAUGAAGAUUCAUUUUAACCAAGAUUAUUAUUAG